AACACAAAUUAUAUUUACUUUCUACUAGCAGCUCUUUUGACCAGUCAAGCGUUAAUACAGCCUCAGUCGCAGAUUUUCACAGAACUGUAGGUGUUCGCAGUUUGCCUGUGAUUCACAGACCGUCCUCUAACAUGAGGUGAGGCUGUAUUACACUAUGUGAGACUCAUCAAGACAGUCAUCGGCGACAGGCUUAUCUUCCGGAUAUAAUGGAGGUGGAGUUCUGCAAAGGGGGGGGGGUGUGUGACUGGAUAAAGGUCCAGCGCCUGAUCAGUAGCAACCCCUAACCCAUGUGAAAGUAGUGUAUCCACAGCCAUGCGAUGCGAUACGUUUCUCCCGUUACUCCUCUUCAUCGUUUCGUCAUGCGCACCGCUUGCCGAAAAUUCACGCGACCUACCACACGUGAAGGAGUACGAUAUUGUCAAACCACUAAAACUGGGACUUCGAACUAAACGGAGUACCAAACAGACAUACCCAGAGGAGCAGCGGUUUGUACUAACUAUUGAAGGGAAGAAUUACACGGUUCAUCUUGAGAAGAACAAAAAUCUUUUGAGCAAGGAUUACACCGUUACACACUAUUUAGAAAACGGCUUGGAAGUAACAGCAUCUCCAAGAAAUAAGGAUCACUGCUAUUACCUGGGACAUUUCCAGGAUAUUGAGGAUUCUUCCAUCAGUGUUGGGCUUUGCUCUGGAAUGCGGGGGUUUCUGAGGGCGGGGCAAGCGGUCUACCUCAUCGAACCUCUGGGGAGCUCAGCAGAUGGGGAGCACGCCCUGUACCGGCAGGAGCACCUGAGGAGGAACAAGAGGGCUGCCUGUGGACACGCCAAUACCACCGUGUAUGACCUCAUCCCCGGCGUGGCGGCCCACAUGCUGCCCAGCGGCCUGAAAAGCCAGCCGCUUAUGAGACCACAGAGGUUUGUGGAGCUGUUUCUGGUGGUGGACAAUGCAGAGUUUCAGAAAUUUGGGAAGAGCAUGCAGAAGAUUGAAGCCAGAAUGCUCGAAGUCGCCAACCAUGUUGACAAGUUGUAUCGACCCUUGAAUUUCCGCAUCAUGUUGGUUGGCCUCGAGGUCUGGUCAUACAAAGACAACAUCGACAUCAAGAACGAUCCUCACGAAACCUUGAAAAACUUCCUGAGCUGGAGGAAGGAAAAUCUUAUCAAAAAGAAGAAGCACGACAAUGCACAGUUUAUCACUGGUGUUGAGUUCGCUGGUCCCACUGUUGGCUUGGCAGCAAAAGCUACAAUGUGCACGGUGGACUCCGGCGCCGUGAACGAGGACCACAACAUUAACCCUGUCGGUGUGGCCUCUACCAUUGCUCACGAAAUGGGCCACAACCUGGGCAUGUCCCACGAUGCCUCGCAGUGUACCUGCGGGACGGCAUCGCUCUCCCACAACUGCGUCAUGUCAGAUACUGUUGGGCUGGUUUACCCAGAAGCCUUCAGCGGCUGCAGUCUAACCGAACUGAGGGAAUUUGUGGAGAACCAAAAUCCCACCUGUCUGCUGGAUGUCCCAGACACAGACCGGCUUUUUGGGGGUCCAGUGUGCGGCAAUGCCUUUGUAGAGUCAGGGGAGCAGUGCGACUGUGGCACAGUGGAGGAAUGCAGCGACCCCUGCUGCAAUGCCAGCACAUGCCAGCUGGCGGAAGGGGCUCAGUGUGCGCAGGGAGAGUGCUGCCAGCAGUGCCAGAUAAAGCCAGCGGGGUCUCUUUGCCGAGCCAGCGCCACCGAUUGCGACCUUGCUGAGUACUGUACGGGCCAGAGCCCGCACUGCCCCAAGGACACCUUCAAGAUGAACGGGGUGCCCUGCAACUCUGAGAGAGGCUACUGCUACAAUGGGCGAUGCCCCACCCUGCAGAGUCACUGCACACACCUCUGGGGGAAAGGUACACAGGUGGCCUUGGACGUGUGCUUCAAGCAGAACAUACAAGGUACCAAGGAUGCUUACUGUAGGAGGAGUAGCUAUGGAUACCAGGGCUGCGCACCCAGGGACAUGAAGUGUGGGAAAAUCUUCUGCAGUGGAGGGAGCGAGUUCCCUAUCACGCACCAGAAGGCCACCGUCACCUUGGGGCCCAGGGUGCAGUGCAAAAUCGCAGUGGACACCUCUGACGGGGAAGACCUGGGGAUGGUCCCCACCGGAACCAAAUGCGGUGACAGGAAGGUCUGCCUUGACAACGCCUGUCAGGAUAUUGCAGCCUAUGGCUCAGGGGACUGCUCUGCUAAAUGUAACAACCAUGGGGUCUGCAACCAUGAGAGGCAGUGUCACUGUGACCCUGGCUGGGCCCCACCCUACUGCAACACGAGGUUGGCCAACAUCCCCUCAGAUUGGUUGCCUCUAGUUGUUGCCGUUUCCGUCACUGUUGUGGUGAUUCUGGCUCUGGCCACCGGGGCGGUACUGUAUCACAGACGUAAGAUCAGGAGACCAUACCUCUGUAAAACCAAAUGCCCUGGAGGCUUGGGUCUGUCUAACCCGGUCUUCCAGGAGGGUGGCAUUAGGGACAGCCCCCCCCAGAUCAGCCUGCCCAUGUUUAUGGAGUCCACAGACACCCGAACAUGCACCCCCAGGUGCAUCACUAUCAUUCCCAGCCGCCCGGCUCCACAGCCCCCAGGGCAGCCUGCUUCUGGCUCAGCUCAGGUGGUUAAACCUGCUAUCCCACCUCCACCAGUUCCACAAGCAAGACCGUUACCUCCAACAAAGCCAUUACCAGCCUUGAAUGUGAGACCAACUCCUCGAUCUGGCCCUUCUCCGCCAGUGCCCCCUACCAAGCCAACAUCAGCGCAGCCACCAUGGAAGCAUAAGCAGGUUGCAGUAGGAAAGAUGGCAGGACCAAAACCUCCACCUAAACCUAGAUGAAGACGAAGAGAUCAGCUCUGAUGGUCUGAACUCAAGCUCGCCAGGAAGGAUUGACUUUGAAGCCGACGAAGACUUGGCUAUUACUGACUGUCAUGUGUGUUUUACGGAGCGCUGGACUGUAAAUAGGGGCUGAGAAGGGUCUGCACAUAUUUUCUAACAGUUAAUCUGCGCGACUUGUGGUACGUGUUCGCUGCGGUCAGGCUUGAUUUCACACAGGAUCACUUUUCUUCAGGAACUGCCCAAACCGGAUGCAAUGCAUCCAACACAAGCCCAGCUCACUUUUACCUCUCAGAUGACACUGACCCACCUUCAGGCAGAGGCACAGGAGCUGGGCGCCUCCUCCAGUGUCUCCUGAUUGGACACAUGGCAGAUCCCUACUAAAGGAGUUUACACUGGAUUUCUACUUGAAUAUCUUCCCAUUUAAUAAUGCUAAGAAAAGUCUUUAAAUUGUAUUGAUCUUAAUUCAGCGGGUUUGAAUUAAGAAACACUGGUGUGGUUGAUUUUUUUUCCAUUUUACUUAAAAAUUCAUUCUAUACUUUGUGCUGUAAUUUUAUUUAUUUUUUUCCAGAAUAAAACAUUUUAAAAGAA